AUGGGUUCAAAGGUGCAAGACUUGAGCAUGAUGGUUCCGGACCGGACGAUCCUUGCCAAAGCCCUGACUACGGUCGCGAAAUUCGUGGCCGAGAAUGCGGACACGCACUUCCGCACACAGCUUUUGCGGUCGAGCCUGGGGAUCGAUGGACAACCUGGACUCCUGGACGUCGUGAAGUACCACCAGCACCUGCAGGCUGAGACUGAGUCUAUGAUUGCGGCGCGGACGGUCAUUCCUGCUCCAGUACCCGCGGUCAAGGCCUUGGGGACAACUCCUAUAAGCUCCUCGGCACCAUCGGGAACCACUUCGAAGCCUGAGUGCAAAUACUUCCUGAAGCAGGGCGUUUCAAGCUGCGGGUUCGGCAUCAUCUUCGACUACUUCGCCUACGAAUGCCCCGAAGGUCACCAGUGUCGAGCCGGAGGGGGAAACGCAGCGGCGAAAGUCGCCGGAGCUCAGCCUCCAAACCCUAAGUCUCCUUCGGUGAGUGUCAUGGCGUUGAGAAAGCCGGCUUCUACUUCUGAUGAGUUGGCAAUGUUUGCGCUAGUUGACUUGGGAUCUACGCAUGCUUUGUGGCGUGCCACAUCCCAGGAGGAGUGGGAGGAGUCUGAUCAAGUGACGGUGAACCUUGCUGGCGGCGAGUCCAUUGGUCUCCGCAUGAAUGCUGCGGGUACAAUUCUUGUACCCAUUAACUCGAUGACCUCGGCGACUUCUGCUUCUCCGAUAGUGCCGUUGGGAGCCUUGGUUAGCCAGUUGGGAUACACAAUGACGUGGGGAAAAACCAAGUGCAAGCUAGAGGGCAAGAAUGGCGAGGUUAUUGUUCUUCGUGUUCGUGAAGGAUGUCCGGAGGUCACAGAGCAGGAGGCGUCGAGGUUGAUCUCUCAGCUUGAGGGUGCGAGGCUGCAAGAGCUCCGUCGGAGAACAGCGGACACUCGGACUAGAGUGAAGGCGGCAGCGCUUGCCAUGGAGCGAACGUGCUUUGACUAUCUGAUUUCGUAUGUCGAUGGUGAGAUCACCUCACAAGCUCUGAAGGUGGUUGAAAGACGAGAAAGCGAUUGUGGUCGUCUAACAAGUGGCCUGUUCACCUGUAUGCUGGGAAGUCUGAGCGACGUGUUGUUCAACUUGGAGGGCCACGGAUAUACGAUUCUGGAGCUCGACAUCGAGAGGGUCAAGUACCGGGCGAGCGCUGGAUUUUGGGGCCCGGAAGGGAAAGACUGCAGCGAUCGUCGGCACCCCCCGCAGAGCACCUUCAUGAUCUCCCGGCACGUGGUUGGAGGACCUGAACCAGUUCGAUCCAAUGAGUAUCCGUUCGAAAACUGGCCGGGCCGAUCGGACAGUGAUGUGUGGACUGUCAACAGGGAGACGAAGCUGAUCACCAGGAUGAUUUACCUUCACGCCUUGGCUACAGCAGGCAGGUUGAGAGCUCAGCCAGACCCUGAAUCUAGCCGUGAAGCUGCAUUUCUCCUAGAGCAUACUCGUGAUCCUCGUGGAUACCUGAAGUUCCAGGACCCAUUGUACCCGGAUGUGGUGAGUUUGUGGAGGACUUCGUUGUGGACGGAAUAUGCCUUGGAAGCUGGGCUGCAGACUUAUAGCUUUGAUAUGACUCUGGGCACCAAUCUACAUCUUCGGCAUUUGGAUGGGCUGCGUAUGAGGUGGCAUUCCGAUGGAUCAGUUCCGGUGAAGGUGAGAAGAGGUCACCUCCCGUUUCGGGCAGAUUGCGCAAUAUGUGUUCAAGCAGGAGGCACAGGAAGAAAGCAUUCACGAGUUGAGCACCCCUCGGCCUUUGUCGUGUCGGCAGACUUGUCUGGCAUUAUGAAAGUUGCUGGUGUGGACCCGAACGGCAGAGGUGCUUUCCCACGGCCGUUCAAAUACAUCUUUGCUGCGAAGUUGCGUGCGCCGAAAAAUUUCGUUGAAGAUGGCCGGCGAGUAUGGCUUGAUUACGACCCUGGUGAAGUUAGCAAAGAGGACUAUGAAGAACAAGACGAUGGUUUGGCUGCUGCUGAUGGAGAAGAUCGUGGAGAAGAAGACCCGCGCGAUGAUGGAGGUGAAGACAUGGAACCUGAGCUUAAAGAGGUGCCGAGGCGGGAUCCGGAAGAGGACAUAGACCUUGGUGGCCCUGAGUUUGUGAACCUCAUAUUUGCGCGUGGAUUGAAGGACGAAAAAGCGCCAACCGUCCUUGAAAGGGUUCAAGACGUGAUCCUCUAUUGUAUGGAUUAUCGAGCCAGAGCGACUCAACAGUGGCGCCAAGGCGAAGGCAUUCGUGUGACUACCACAACGACUAUGGCCUUCGGCUGUGAGUGCGGCGACAUCUAUGCAAAGUGGCUGUCUGGAGCGUAUGUGGGAUUGUCUGACAGUCUCAGCAAGGGCCACUUAGUGUACGUCAACGAUGAUGACAGGGCGGAGAACCUGAUUCGGGAAGUUGCUCGGCUACUUCCAGAAGAUGAUCGGGUGUAUGGAAUGUGUCGUCAUGGAGGGCGAAUUGGCGUCACCAAGUCCACGGUGGAAAGACCAUGGUUUGCUCGGUUGCUGAAUAAGGUGACGCAAGAGCGAGCACCGGACGCAAAGUAUGCGGCUAUCUACGUGUCCAUGAACAAUGAGCGUGAAGUACACAUUGAUCGCAACAAUGCAUUAGGUGCUAUGAACCAUGUGCUUCCCAUCAGUAUGGCGAGAAGAAGAGGUGAGCUAUGGAUGGAGCUGCGUGAUGGUGAUGUUGUCUCCGGAAAGGUGAUCGAGUUGGUUUCCGGAGAGGGCAGAGCAAGAUAUGGCUGCGCAUUUCCAUUGCAAGAGGGGAGAGUCUUUUCCGUUGACCCUGACCGACGUCACGCUGUCAUGCCUUGGGCCGAGGUGUAUAUCAAUGCAUUGUCGGUCUCUUCGGCGAAGCCAGCCAAGGAGAUUGAGAAAGAAGCUGUUCCACUUCGAGGAGGAGGGCUUCAGGAGAAGGAGAGAAGAGCAACAUUCCGAGCGAGCUGUGGGGACUGGGAAAUGCAACUGGUGCUUGAUGAUGUGAAUGAGUCCGCGCAAACUGCAGCGUUGUCAUCCAGCGACGGUGUUCGUCCGACAAUAAGGAAAGCAGAAGUUACUUAUGUGGACCGCAUUGAGGAGCUCCUUGCCAAGUUGACGUCUCCGGUGUCGGUGGUGUACACUGCUAACCCGAAGGACGUGGUGGCUGUGUUUGAGAAGUGGAUCCCGUCGCUCAAGAAGGAGGUGAACACGCUAGAUUCCGGGAAGGGACAACUGAUUCCCGUGAAAGUUGUCUACACGAUUAAGCCGCCCGACCCUUGCGCCGAGGAGGAGAAUCCAUCAGAGAUGUACAAGCGCAAAUCGCGCAUUGUUAUUUGUGGGAACAUGGCUCCGCAUUGUCCAUCUGAAGUGUUUGCAAGCACGGCGCCUGCGGAAGUAGUCCCCGCAGCAAUUGCGAGCAGUGAAAGGGGCAUCGCUGGUGCACGCGUAGUGCUUGCGAGAGCAGGCCUGGCCCGUCCAGGCGAAUUGUGGAGACUGACUCACGCAGUUUACGGCCUGCAAGAAAGUCCGAAGCUUUGGGGCUCCUACAGGGACACGCUGUUAGCGCAAAUCCAGCUGGCGUUCGAUGGAAAGCCUGUGACACUUUUGCAAGGCAUCCUCGUGGUGUACGUAGACGAUCUACUUUUGUGUGGACGAACCGAGCUCAUCAAGGAGCUGGCUGCAGCCAUCAAGGCUAUCUGGAAGACGAGCCCCCUUCAGCUGGUCACAGAGGGCGAGAUCCGGUUUUUGGGCAUUGAGAUUUCGCUCACGAGCCAAGGUUUCGCGCUAUCCCAGCGGGCCUACAUUGAAGAGCAGAUGACCUCAAGGCGAAAGGACUUGGUGCCAGUAGCCAAGGAGUCAGCGAGCUCUGCUGCAGCAGAUGACGAAGGACCCGCAAAUGAAGGUGAAGUCCGAGCGGCGCAGCAGAUCGCGGGUGAGCUGUUAUGGAUCAGUCAGCAGACUCGACCAGACAUUGCAUUUGUCUGCUCGUUGAUUGGAUCAUUAGGGAUCCUGCAGCCGGAGGACGAGACAUUUGCGGUUGAAGAGACCAGGAGCUACGAGGCCGUGAUGAUCCAGCCGAACAUGGGGUGGUGA